AUGGGUCGUGGAGUUAGCAGUGGUGGGGGACAGAGUUCUUUGGGCUAUCUUUUCGGGAGUGGGGAGGCUCCAAAACCGGCCGCAAACAACACCCAAGCUGCACCAAUUCCAAACGAAGGGAGGGUUGUGACUAAUGAGCCUGCUUCCAAACCUACUGCUCCUCCUCCUGCUCCUGAGCCAGUAGAUAUCACCAAGCAGAUUCCUGCUGGCAUCCACAGUACUUCUUCAAACAACUACAUGCGUGCAGAUGGCCAGAACACUGGAAACUUCAUUACGGAUCGACCCUCGACUAAGGUCCACUCUGCCCCAGGUGGUGGUUCUUCUCUGGAUUACCUCUUUGGUGGACCAGGUGGCAACUGA